AAUAAAUAAAACGCAGAAAAAAAGGGGAGAGGGAGAGAAGACAGAGGGUGGGGGAGAAGUCGCCUUCUUCAUUGCUUCAAAACGCUAAUUCUCUCACUAUAAAAAACAGUAAAAUGACCGACGGAUUCGCCUGUCCUCUCCUAGCCUUACUCCGGAAUUUCCGUCGCCGUCUAAUUACGCUGCCGUUGCACGGUCGCCAUCACAAACCAAAGCCGUACCAGCUCGUCGUUCUCCUCUUUCUUGCACAGAGAAAAUGCCCGGACUUGUAGCCAUGGAUGCAAUAAGCGGAGACAGAGAAUUAGAUGAUGUUGAUGGAGAAUUCUUACCUUAUAAGGGAAGCUUUAGUCAUCAAAGGUCUCCAAGAAACAUGUUGAGUCCACAUAGUCCCCACAGUGAUUCCAUUGAUCUAUCUAUUGAUGGCGUAAUCGACACAUCAAUCGAGCAGUUGUAUCACAAUGUCUGUGAAAUGCAGAGCUCUAAUCCCUCGCCCUCCUGGGCUAGUUUUUUGUCUUAUGGUGAGGAAUCGAGGAUUGAUUCAGAAUUGGGCCACCUUGUUGGAGAUAUUGGAGAAGUGGAGGUAAUAACGAAAGAAGUGGUGAUUGAAAAUAAAGAAGAUGGCAAUGUUAGUGGCUUCACUCCCAAGAAGGAUGCUAAUGGUUCUGUUGAUCAAAUCUCUGCAAACAAGGACAGAAGUCGAGCUGCAAGUCUUAAAAAGCAGCUUUUCCGCUUGCAAUCAGCUAUGGAGGCAUCUGCAAAAUCUAGUCCUAAGGGGAGAUCUCCCCGUGAGAAGCCUCCGCUUGAUAGGAGGUUUGAUAAGAAUAUGAGAAGGCCAAAUGCAGGUUUCCACAUGAAGAAGCACAGGAAUUUUGGUUCCAUUGGAGCAAGAUUUCAGAGUGGAACUGCCGAUCCUCUGGAGACGGGAUUAGAUAACCCUGACCUUGGACUCUUCUUACUCAAGCAAACAAAGAAUAUGAUUUCUUAAGGCGAAAAUCCACAAAAGACUCUUGAAUUUGCUCUUCGGGCAACAAAAUCAUUUGAGGUUUGUGCAAAUGGAAAACCCAAUUUAGAGCUUGUCAUGUCCUUGCAUGUUUUGGCAGCGAUAUACUGCAGCUUAGGCCAAUAUAAUGAGGCAAUCCCUGUUCUUGAGCGAUCUAUUGAGAUCCCAGUAAUAGAGGAUGGCCAAAAUCAUGCACUUGCUAAAUUUGCUGGAUGCAUGCAGUUGGGUGAUACUUAUGCAAUGCUAAGCCAGAUGGAGAAUUCAAUUCUGUGUUAUACAGCUGGUUUGGAAAUCGAAAGGCAAGUCCUUGGAGAAACAGAUCCUCGAGUUGGGGAGACUUGCAGGUAUGUAGCCGAGGCUCAUGUUCAAGCAUUGCAAUUUGAUGAGGCUGAGAAGCUUUGUCAAAUGGCACUUGACAUCCACAGGGAGAAAGGUGGUCCUGCAUCGCUUGAAGAAGCAGCAGAUAGGAGGCUUAUGGGACUUAUAUCUGAAGCAAAAGGAGAGUAUGAAACUGCUCUUGAACAUUAUGUUUUAGCAAGCAUGUCCAUGGCGGCAAAUGGGCAGGACAUAGACGUCGCUUCAAUUGAUUGCAGCAUUGGAGAUGCAUAUUUAUCUUUGGCACGCUAUGAUGAGGCUAUUUUCGCUUAUCAGAAAGGACUUACAGUGUUCAAGUCAAGAAAAGGGGAGAAUCAUCCGGCAGUUGCUUCAGCUUUCGUACGCUUGGCUGAUUUGUAUAAUAGGAUAGGGAAGUUCAGGGAUUCUAAAAUUUAUUGCGAAAAUGCGCUUCGAAUUUAUGAAAAACACAAUCCUGGGAAUCCUAUAGAAGAGAUGGCCAGUGGAUUUAUUGAUAUUUCUGCUAUCUAUCAAUCUAUGAAUGAGUUUGAUCAGGCGCUAAAGUUACUUAAAAAUGCUUGGAAGAUAUAUGACAAUUCUCCUGGUCAACAAGGCACAAUUGCAGGAAUUGAAGCCCAGAUGGGAGUCAUGUACUACAUGAUGGGGAAUUAUGCUGAUUCUUACAAUACCUUCAAAAGUGCCAUCUUGAAGUUUCGAGCGUGUGGAGAAAAGAGAUCUGUAUUGUUUGGCAUUGCUUUGAAUCAAAUGGGUCUUGCCUGUGUGCAGUGUUUUGCGAUAAAUGAGGCUGCAGAUCUAUUUGAAGAGGCAAGAAGCAUUUUGGAGAAGGAAUAUGGACCUUAUCAUCCUGACACAUUAGGGGUCUACAGCAACCUAGCAGGCACCUAUGAUGCAAUGGGAAGGUUGGAUGAUGCCAUUGAAAUCUUGGACAGUGUUGUUGGUAUGAGGGAGGAGAAGCUAGGAACAGCAAAUCCUGAUGUGGAUGAUGAGAAGCGAAGGUUGGCCGAGUUGUUGAAAGAUGCAGGAAGAGUCCGGAACAGAAAAUCCAGGUCACUUGUAACCCUCCUUCACACACAACUUCAAAUUAUACAAGAUGAUGCCAUUGAGGUAUCAUAAUACCAAUUCUGCAUAUACUCGCACUUGUAAGAUACAUGUUAGACAAGAAUUAGUUUGUUGGUUUUGUUUCUAUUAGAUUCCUGUUGGAAUUAUGGGAAAAUAAUAAGUAAACGAAAGCACCAACAACAGGAAUCAGAAAUUUGUUUCAAGUGUUCUUUAUAUAAUGAUUUCCUUUUUUAGGGGUGUAGGGUGGGUCAAGCAACUAAACAAAUUAAAAAAAAAAAAUGGUUGCAUUUAUACUUCAUUGUUGAUGGGAUUGAUGAAAUUUCCUUUUUCACAUUCUUUUUUGUAUGGCUUGAUCUUGAAUAAAGAAAGAAAUGUUGGAAUAUCA